AAGAGCUAAAAUGCACACAUUCUACAGUAUGUUGAUACUCAGAAAUAUAUUUACAUGAAUUUCUGUUGGAGGAAAGUCUCUCCUACUCUGUAUAUAAGGAGGUGAUCUGAAGCUAUUCAGUACACAUCACUUGCUUGGAGAUCUUGAAGCUCUACAGAACUUACAGUGUGAACAGAGAUUCUUGAAGAAUGAAAAGUCUGAUGUCUCUGAUCUUCCUGGUGCUGUUCUGCUCUAUGCAGAUGACUUCAAGUGCUCCCGUUGCAGUUGAUUCGGCACAGUCAGUGUGCUGUUCAGAAUUUACAAAUGUAACGAUUCCUCUCAAACGGGUGGUCUCAUUCAAGAGGACCAGCAGCAGCUGUCCCAAACAAGGCAUUGUGUUUCAGACAACUGCAGGGAAAGAAAUCUGCGCAGACAUUCAGAAAGACUGGGUGCGCAACCAUAUUGCUAAAGUGGACAACAGAAAAACUGUGACAACAGCACAAACUCCAAGCAACAAAGUCUAAAGCUAUUCCUCUGUUUCUAUUUGAAUUACACAAUUAUCUUAUACUGUGCUUAUGCUAUCCUUGUGCUAUGUAAUAUUAUCUUAAAAUAUAUAUAUUUUUUAAAUAAAAUUAUUUAUGUAAUUUGGU